UAUCCUACUCUCAUAAUUUUCUCUAAUAAUUGCUUCAAAGUUCAAUCUCCUCUCCAACUUUCCCCCUCAUUUCCUUUCAUUCAAAGUCUUUACAUUUCCCCCUUUUUUCCUCUCAUCUCUACUAGUGAUUUUUUUUUGGUCCAAAAUCUGAAAAUCAAGAAAGACCCUUUUGGUUAAUUCUUCUUCUUUUGUUUCCUACCUUUCAGCCCAAAAAAGAAAAAAAAAACAUCUUUCAGUUCCUUGGAUAUCCUCUGUCUUAGUCCUAUGUUGUCUUAGUUUCCACAUAUUUUUCUUUGAUAAUUGACAAAGUUUGAAUCUUUAAAGCAAGCAAGAUCAUUUUUUUGCAAUUUGGGGUUUGUUAAAAGAUGGGAUUUUCAAAAAAGAACCAAAUGGAAGUAACCAAAGAAGAAAACAAGAAAUGGGUAAUUGCUGGAAUUACAAUUCUUGCACCUUUGAGACCAAUUUCAACUAAACCAACAAGAGAAGAUUGUGAAGAUGAAGAAGAAGAAUGUUCAACAACACCAACUGCAAGAAAUUCAAGAAUACCUGAAAGACUUCCUUGUCCACCAGCACCAAUGAAACGCAGGCCAAAAUCCACGUGUCAUUAUAAUAGUGCUAGGGAGUUUUUUAAUCCACCUGAUCUUGAAUCUGUAUUUAUACGUCAUGUGGAGAGAGCUAGUUAAGUUCAUAUGAGUGAAAGGGACAAAAAAGUAGCCCUUUUGCUUCUGUUAUGUUGUGUUUUUGAGUUUGGUAGGUUUUAUUAGGUUAGGAGUUAGAUUUAAGUUGAUGGUGAUAAUGUAAUAUACAAGCUUAGAUAUGGUUUCUGCAAAAUAGUUAGUGUAGUAUGUAGUUCUUUUUCUCUAAUGAGGAAAUGAAAAAUCUCAAGUUGCAAGACUC